AUGGCUCCGCCGCUUCUGCUCCUCGCCACUGUCCUCCGUGCGGCCACCGUCUCGGUCACGCUCGCGGCAGCCUCCGGGGCAGCGGUCGAGUUCCCGAAGGAGGCCCUGCCGACCAGCUCCGGCUACCUGCCGCUGGACCCGUCCAGCAACGCGUCCCUGUUCUACGCCUUCUACGAGGCCAGCCACCCGCUCACCGCGCCGGCCGACACGCCGCUGCUCCUCUGGCUGCAGGGCGGGCCCGGCUGCUCGGGCCUUGUCGGCAACUUCUUCGAGCUCGGCCCCUACCUCGUCGCCCCCGACGCCGCCUCGCUCUCCCGCAACCCCUUCGCCUGGAACCGCCGCUUCGGGCUCCUCUUCCUCGACAGCCCGCUCGGCACCGGCUUGAGCGCGGCGCCGUCCCCCGCCACCAUCCCGCGGGACAAGGCCGCCGUCGCCGCGCACGUCCUCGCCGCGCUCCAGUCGUUCUUCGACGCCAGCCCGCCCACCUUCCGCGCGCGCCCCUUCUUCCUCUCCGGCGAGAGCUACGCCGGGAAGUACGUCCCGGCCGCCGGGGCGCUCAUCCUCGCCGAGAACCCGGGCCUGCCGGCGCGGCGGAGGGUCAACCUCCGCGGCGCCGCCAUCGGCAACGAGCUCACGCACCCCGUCGCGCAGCUGCCCACGCACGCAGACUCAGCCUACUUCACCGGGCUCAUCAACGCGCGGCAGCGACGGGAUCUGGAGGCGCUGCAAGCGGAGGCGGUGGUGCUGACGGAGUUGGCGCGGUGGCGGGAGGCGUCGGACGCGCGGGGCCGCGUGCGCUCGUGGCUGCAGAACGCCACCGGGCUCGCCACGCUCUACGACUUGGGCAGGCAGCGGCCCUACGCGACGGCAGCCGUGGCGCGGUUCGUGAACCGGGCGGAGGUGAAGGCGGCGCUGGGCGCGCGCCGGGACGUGGCGUGGGAGCAGUGCAGCCGCGAGGCGCGGUGA